AUGCCAAGGCAGUACAGCAGGAAGACAACCUGGGGCAAAACAACCCUCAAGGAGAUGGAGAGGGCAACCGCUGAGGUCAAGGAAGGGAAGAUGUCUUUAAGAGCAGUUGCAAGGGACAGAAAUAUUGACAAGUCAAGCCUCCUAAGAUUCAUGAAGAAAAAAGAGAAAAGGGAAGUAAAAUCCGUAGCCUGGGGUGCAGUAGCUGAGGCAAAGAGAAUAUUCACAGAUGAGAUGGAGGGGGAGCUUGCCCAACACUUGAAACAACUAGCUGACCAGUUCCAUGGCCUUCCUCAAGUUAAGUGCCGUCAACUGGCAUUUGAAUAUGCAGAGAAAAAACAUAUCCCUGUCCCUGCCAAUUGGACAAAGACACAAUGUGCAGAGUGGAUAAAGUAA